AUGAGGAAAAAGGUGGACGCGAGAAUUCGAACCCUCGUCGAGAAUGGUGUCAAGUCACGGCAACGGUCCAUGUUCGUGAUCGUGGGGGACAAGGGACGCGAGCAGGUGGUGAAUCUCCACUACAUGCUCUCCAAGGCCGUGGUCAAGGCGAGGCCCAACGUGCUCUGGUGCUACAAGAACGACCUCUUUCUCAGCAGCAACCGCAAGAAGCGGAUGAGGCAGAUGAAGAAGAUGAUGCAGAGGGGGCUGCUGGACCCCGAGAAGGAGGACCCCUUUGCCCUCUUCAUGGCAUCUACUGCCAUCCGCUACUGCUACUAUGCUGAGACGCACAAGAUUCUCGGAAACACAUUCGGCAUGUGCGUCUUGCAGGAUUUUGAGGCGCUGACACCCAACCUGCUGGCGCGCACGAUAGAGACAGUGGAGGGCGGGGGCAUCAUCGUGCUGCUGCUCUCCUCCCUCACCUCCCUCUCCCGCCUCUUCGCCCUCGCCAUGGACGUGCACGCACGGUACCGCACGGAGUCACACGGGGACGUGGUGGGGCGAUUCAACGAGCGCUUCAUCCUCUCCCUCGCCUCCUGCCCCACGUGCUGUGUGAUGGACGAUGAGCUCAACAUUCUGCCUCUCUCCUCCCACAUGAGGCACCUCCAACCUUCGGCCCUUACCGAGGGCGAGGCAGUGGAGUCAGAGUCAGACAGGGAGUUGAAGGAGCUCAAGGAGUCGCUAGCCGACACUCAGCCCGUGGGGGCGCUGGUGGCAACGUGUCGAACGUUGGACCAAGCUAAGGCGGUGGUGACGUUUCUUGAUGCCGUCUCCGAGAAGACUCUGAGAUCGACGGUUGCGAUCACUGCUGCUAGAGGCCGGGGGAAGUCAGCCGCGCUAGGAGUGGCUGUGGCUGGUGCUGUGGCUCUCGGCUACUCCAACAUAUUUGUGACGGCGCCGAGUCCGGAGAAUCUGAAGACGCUGUUUGAGUUUGUGUUCAAGGGCUUUGAUGCCAUCGGGUACAAAGAGCACAUCGACUACGAGCUGGUGGAGAGCACCAACCCCGCCUUCAACCGCGCCAUCGUGCGAGUGAACGUGUUUCACCAGCACCGCCAGACCAUCCAGUACGUGAUGCCACAGCACGCGGAGCGAGUGCAGCAGGCAGAGCUGCUCGUGAUCGACGAGGCAGCAGCCAUCCCCCUGCCCAUGGUCAAGGCGCUGCUGGGGCCCUACUUGGUGUUUAUGGGCUCCACUGUGAACGGUUACGAAGGCACGGGGCGGUCCCUCUCCCUGAAGCUCAUUCAGCAACUCAGGGAGCAAUCCAAAGGAGCCGCCGCUGCUGGUGCUGCUGGUGCUGCUGCAACCGCUGAUGGUGCUGGUGGCAGUGGUGGCGGGGGAGGAGUGUCGGUGCGGGUUCUGAGGGAGGUGGAGCUACAGGAGCCGAUCCGGUAUGCGGAUGGGGACCCUGUGGAGAAAUGGUUGAACCACCUGCUGUGCCUCGAUGCCACCUCCCAUGUACCCAAGCUGCAGGCGCGCAUGCCGCACCCAGACGAGUGUGAGCUGUUCUACGUCAACCGCGACACGCUCUUCUCCUUCCACUCCGCCUCAGAGCUCUUCCUCCAGAGAAUGAUGGCACUAUAUGUGUCCUCUCACUAUAAGAACACGCCCAACGACCUGCAGCUCAUGUCAGACGCACCAGCCCACCACCUGUUCGUGCUCCUCGGUCCUGUGGACGAGUCCCAGACAUCGCUACCCGAUGUGCUGUGUGUGCUGCAGGUGUGUUUGGAAGGAGAGAUAUCAAGGGCAUCGGCCCUCAAGGGUCUCUCUCAGGGGCAUCAGCCCACGGGAGACCUGCUGCCCUGGACGCUCUCACAGCAAUUUCAAGACUCCGAGUUUCCCUCCCUCUCUGGCGCUCGGGUUGUUCGGAUCGCCGUGCAUCCCGAUCUGAUGCACGCGGGAUACGGAUCCAGAGCCGUUGAUCUGCUGGCCAGGUACUAUGAGGGGCAGUUGACAAGCAUGGGAGAGGAUAGUGAAGAGGAGAGCGAGGAGGAAGAGGAAGGCGGGAAGCGGCACUCUAAGGCUGUCCAAGAAGCUCGGGUGAAUGGAUCGGCAUCAUUGCUGGAAGAGCAGCUAGCGCCGCGGUCAGGCCUGCCACCGCUGCUACAGCCAGUGGGGGAGAGGCGGCAGGAGCAGCUGCACUACGUGGGAGUGUCGUUUGGGCUGGGGCAGCAGCUCUUCAACUUCUGGCGGAGGCAGCAGUUCGUGCCUCUCUACGUCAGGCAAACGCCGAGCGACAUCACAGGAGAGCACACGUGCAUCAUGCUCAAGCCUCUCCGGAACGAUGACUUGGGCCCGGCAGACUCUAAGGAUUCGUGGCUUGGCUCCUUCUCACAAGACUUCCAUCGUCGCUUCCUCUCGCUCCUUGGGUUCUCCUUCCGGCCCCUGCCGCCUGCCCUCUGCCUCAGCAUUCUGGACCCGCAGAUUGAGUUUGCAGAGGCAGAGGCACGGGAGGCAGUGGUGCCGGCAGGGCUGAUGGAAGGGAAGGCGGCGCUGCUGUCGCCGUACGAUAUGAAGCGACUCGAGUCAUACACCAACAACCUGGUUGACUACCACCUGAUCAUGGACCUCAUUCCCCCACUCGCCCGCCUAUACUUCCUCGGUCUCAUCCCUGCAUCGCUCUCCUAUGCCCAAGCGGCCAUUCUGCUCUCCUUCGGUCUGCAGCACCACGAGCUCUCCACCAUUGAGGCGAACCUUCGGCUGCCCGGGACGCAAGUGCUCGCUCUCUUCAACAAGGCCAUCCGGAAGAUCCACAGUGUGCUGUACGCCGCUGCUGCACGCACCAUAGAGGCUGCUCUUCCCCGGAUCAAAGAGGUGGACCUGCGUCCGCACCCCCAGUCAGUGGAUGAGGAUCUCGCAGAGGCAGCAGAUCAGGCCAAGAAGGUGAUCAAAACCCGGCUGGAGGGGGCAGCAGAGCCUGGCACAGCCACCCUGCUGACGUCACUGACACCUGGACAGAUGCAGGAGUUUGCGAUCGACGGCCGAGAUCAGGACUUUGAGGCUGCGAUCGCUGCAGGAGGGGGGAAACUUCCAGGAAGCGGUGUGCUGAGUAUCAAGGCACAGGGAGGAGGAAAGAAGAGGGGUGGUGGUGGGGAUGGGAAUUCGGAUGUUGCUGAGGGGGGGAAGAAGAGGAUGAAGGCCCAGGACCGGCUGUCCAAGCAUGGAAGGAGGACGCAGCAAUGGCGGAUCACUCGUCGCAAUGACGAGGCUUUACGGCCAAGCUGCGCCACUUCCGGUUCUGCAGCCGUUGUCACGUCAGCACUUCCCGUCCCACUUCAAGCCAAGCGCCUCUGGCUGGCUCCUUUCGCGGACGCUCUCAGCGCCCCGCGUGCCGCUUCCGCGCGCCCUUCCAUCUCAGCGGAAGCACUGGCGGGCCGCACGCGUGUGCACGCAGAAGCGCAAGCAGGCGCGGAAGCGGCGGAAGUUCCCUCACCAGAGACCAAGCUAUACGACUAUGUGGUUAUCGGGAGCGGCAUUGCCGGCCUCCGAUUCGCGCUAGGCGUCGCGGCGAAGGGCACUGUAGCGGUGGUGACUAAAGCCGAGCCGCAGGAGGGCAGCACGAACUACGCGCAGGGCGGCGUGAGCGCGGUCCUGGAUCCGCUAGAUUCGAUCGAGAAUCAUAUCUCGGAUACGAUCGUGGCGGGCGCGUAUCUGAACGACGUGGAAGUCGUAGAGGUGGUUUGCCGCGAGGGGCCGGAGCGCGUGCGCGAGCUGAUGCGCAUGGGCGCAAGUUUCGACCGCGGGGACGACGGGCGGUUGCUGCUUGCGCGCGAGGGGGGGCACUCGCACUCGCGGAUCGUGCACGCGGCAGACGUGACCGGGCGGGAGAUUCAGCGCGCGCUGCUGACUGCGGCGCAGAAGACGAAGCGGAUCGACAUGUUCGAACACCACAUGGCGAUCGACCUGCUGACGCGACAGGAGGACGGCGGGCAGAGCACGUGUUACGGCGUAGAGGCACUGGACACGGAGACGGGGCAGAUCAUCCGCUUUAUAGCGGGAUCCACGCUGCUCGCUACAGGCGGGGCAGGCCACGUGUACCCCAACACCACCAACCCCACGGUGGCAACUGGGGACGGUGUGGCUCUGGCUCUGCGUGCAGGCGCUGUCAUCUCCAACAUGGAGUCCAUCCAGUUCCAUCCUACCGCUCUGGCAGACGCGGGUCUGCCCAUCCAGCCCCCGGGACCGCGCCCCAACUCAUUCCUGAUUUCCGAGGCCGUGCGGGGGGCAGGCGGGCUGCGGUACAACCAGGCAGGGGAGCGCUUCAUGUUGCACUAUGACCCGCGGGCUGAACUCACUCCCCUCUCUCUCAUCUCCCCUUUCCCAUCUCCCCUUUCCCAUCUCUCCUUUCCCAUCUCCCCUUUCCCAUCUCUCCUUUCCCAUCUCCCCUUUCCCAUCUCCCCUUUCCCAUCUCCCCUUUCCCAUCUCUCCUUUCCCAUCUCCUCUUUCCCAUCUCCCCUUUCCCAUCUCCCCUUUCCCAUCUCCCCUCUCCCAUCUCCCCUUUCCCAUCUCUCCUUUCUCAUCUCCCCUUUCCCAUCUCCCCUUUCCCAUCUCCCCUUUCCCAUCUCUCCUUUCUCAUCUCCCCUUUCCCCCUCUCUCAGGUUCAUCCAGUUCCAUCCCACGGCUCUAGCCGAUGCCGGUCUGCCCAUCCAGCCGCCCGGCCCACGUCCCAACUCCUUCCUCAUUUCCGAAGCCGUGCGGGGAGCAGGCGGGCUGCUGUACAACCAAGCAGGAGAACGCUUCAUGCUUCACUACGAUCCGCGGGCAGAGCUCGCCCCCCGGGACGUGGUCGCCCGAUCGAUUGACGACCAGCUGAAGCGUCGCGGCGAUCUGUUCGUCUAUCUCGACAUCAGCCACAAACCGACGGACGAGAUCCUCCGGCACUUCCCGAACAUCGCGGCCGAGUGCAAGCGGUGGGGGGUGGAUAUCACUAAGGAUCCGAUCCCUGUGGUUCCCGCCGCGCAUUACAUGUGCGGGGGGGUCCAGACGGGGCUGUUUGGGGAGACUUCGAUCCGAGGGUUGUGGGCGGCGGGAGAAGUGGCGUGCACGGGGCUGCAUGGGGCGAACCGCCUGGCGUCGAAUUCGCUGCUGGAAGCACUGGUGUUUGCGCAGAGAGCAGUAGAGCCGGCGAUUGCACAUGCUGUGGCAGCUGCACCGCUGAACCACGUGCUUGCAGGGUUGCCUGCUGGGAGGGAUAUGGACGGGGCAAUGUGGGGGGGAGAGGAGUGGGAGGGGGAGGGGGAAGGGGAGGGGGAAGAGGUGAAGGUGGUGGGGUUGAGCAGGGGGGAUUCAGGAGCGGUUGCUGCUGCUGGAGUGACUGCGAAGUACAGGGAGCAGCUCAAGGCUAUCAUGUGGCGCUACGUGGGAAUUGUCCGAUCCACCGACCGCCUCCGAAUAGCCCAGAGGGAGAUUGACACGCUGGCGUCCACCUGGCGCGCCGACCUCGAGACCAACGUGCUGCUGCCACGUGGCGCCGUCUCGAUGGAGACGUGCGAGAUGGAGAAUCUGAUCAACGUCGCGUCGCUCGUUGUGCAUAGCGCCCUGAGGAGGAGAGAGAGCCGGGGAUUGCAUUUCACCACGGAUUUUCCGGGGCAGUCGGAAUCGGCUAGUCUGCAUACAGUGUUGGUGGCAGGGUGUUUAGAUGAGGAGGAAGACGAGUGGGAGGAGGGUGGAAGGGAGAGGGAGAGUGAUAAUGAUGGGGCAAGUGAUUUGGAGGCGAGGUUCGGGGCCACGGAGAGGCUCGGGUGGACUACGUGGUGGAGGCAAUCCGGGCCUGUGGUUCGGCAGACAGGUUCGGGAGCGGGGCAGGCUCGGCCAGUGCAGAGGAGAGCGGGUGGUGCUAGAAGGAGACAGGGAGGUCCGCUGCGAAUGCAAGCGAAGCCAACUCUAAAAGGGAAGCCAGAACGUUUGGAGAGCCAGCCUCCACCUCAAUAA